UUUGACCUGGCAGUACUGUCCGCUCCAUAAUCGCAGUUGCGGUUGCUGUAUUUGUGCAAGUAGAAAUUAGGAAACGAAGAGUUUAAUUACAAUACAAAAAUGGUUUCUUCCAGUAUAAAAGAUCUCAAACGGCUUCUGUGUUUACAUCAUAUUACAAAUAUUAUAUUGGCUGUAUCUUACGUCGUUACAAAAACAAUGCAGCCUUUUUGUACAUUUUUGCAUCCUGCUUCGGGUUGUGAAUUAGAUUUUAGGGAUUCAGAGAUUCUCACCUUUCUGGCUAUUAUUUUAGUUUUUAAAACAAGAAAACAAGGUGCUACAAGUAUGGUGCCAUAUAUAUCAUCAGCUUGUAUGUAUAGUAAAAUUGCAAAUAUUCUACUAUUUUUCUAUGCUGAUCCUCGAAUGGGUGUUAUCUACAUACUAUUAUGUUUGUUACAUCUAUUGUUAUUGCCUGAACCAACUUAUCAGGGACCUGAUAACAUUGUAUAUUUUCAUGGUCCACUUUUAGAGGAAGAAUUUCAACAAGACAAACAUGUGACAUGGAUAAUAACUUUUUAUGCUGCCUGGAAUCCAUCAUGUGUUAGUUUCGCACCAAUAUUUGCUGAAUUAUCAGCCAAGUAUUCUUUGAGCAAUUUGAAAUUUGGAAAACUUGAUGUUACAAGAUAUCCAGAAAUUGCAACAAGAUACUGUAUUAGUACUUCAGCAUUCAGUAAACAACUGCCUACUGUUAUUAUUUUUAAAAAUGGAAAAGAAGUUUGCAGGAGGCCAACUUAUGAUCACAAUGGAAAGUUAAUUAAGUUUUUCUUUUCAGAAGAAAAUAUAUUAUCUGGCUUGGAUUUAAAUAAUUUAUAUCAAGAACAUAAAAACAAUCCUCCCAAAAAGAAGAAAAAUGAAAAACAGAGUAUUGAAGAAAAUCAUCUUAAGUCUGAAUAAUUUUUUACUACACAAAAAGCAAUACAUUUCAGAAAUAUUCAUGACAAAUCAUUUGAAUAUAUUUUUCAAUAAAUUUAAAGUUGGAAAAUAUCAUUCUUAAAAAUAUUGAAUUAAUGUUCUUUUCUCCUGGAUAUAGUUUUUCUGAAUUAUACUUUGUUUUGAAGUAAAUUAAAAAUGUUACAUAAAAAUUCAUUUGAAUCCAAUAAAUCUAAGUAAAAUCUAUAAAGAUUAUAAAUUUAACUGUUUCAUUUUUGAAAUGUAUUGUUUUUAAAAAGUUUUGCAUUCAGGAUAAUAGUUGUUUUAUUUGUUUUUUUCUUAUUGUCUAAAAAUUUAGAUGUAUAUUAUCAAAGCAGAGCAAUCUUCUUUUUAUUUCAUCUGCUUUAUAAUGAAUAAAAUACCAAAUUAAAAAUAUACUUUACUUCAGAAAUAUUAUGUAGUAUUGUACAUAGUGUUUGUGGUUUGUUGUGAAAAAUUAUUUUGAAUCUUCUGCUUUAUUAACAAUCAAAUAUAUUUUUCAAUAUUAAUUUUUCUAAUUUCAUGGUAUGUGUAAUCAGGAAAUUUUUCUUUAAAAAUGUUUAAAUUGUUAUGACAUUCCUUAUCAGAAAAUGUGAAAUCAGUGUGUGAAUCUCAAAUUCUUUCAUAGUGAUUGAUUCCAAAUCUUUAGUGCCAAUAAUUUAAAGUUGAAUCCUACAUGAUUUGUAAUUGUUUAUCCAUCAGAACUUUGCAAAUAUCUUAGAAUUUAACUGUGUGUAAUUGCAUAAAGUAUAAUUUUUAUUAGGCAUGUAAUUUAUUUAAAAUAAAAACAUUUACAUGUAUAAAUUACUGUAAAUUUUAGAUGUUAGUACCUUAAAUGGUCAAUAAUGCUUCUAAUAGGAUGUCAUUAUUUGAAUGUCAGCAUUUAUAUUUAUUGGAAGAAUGGAGAAAGUAUAAUUACAUUUUUGGUGUUAAAAGUUAUAUAAUUAUUAUUAUUGUUAUAUGCAUUUACUAUUUCAAAACUUCUACAUUUUAUACUAAAUAUAAAUCUUUUGUUUAUUAAAAUGUCAAAUGUCAUUUUCCUAGAAUUUUUCUGUACAUUUUUAAAUUUUCAUUUGCAUAUUCUCUCUCGUUUUUUUUGAUCUGUU